AUGAGAGAGACGGGGAGAGUGGUCCUGGGCAUGCCUGGUCCGUGGGCUGAGGAUAAUCAUGAAGUGGCUGACCAUUACACGACGAAGAUAGGCGGGGUGCCCGUAAGUUGAUCGUGGAAUGCCCAUGAGAGUCUUGAAGCUCGACAAUGUCGAGGCUUCCCGUUAUUUAUUUGAUGUUUACCAUGCUAAGCUAUUUAUUGGUCUUCUUUUUGCUUCCAGGACUGGCCGACUCUGGAUAUCAAUCCGGACAUGGUCAAGUGCAGGUUAUGUGGUGAAAGGCUCUACCUUGUGGCACAGGCAUGGUUCCGUUCAUUGUUCUCUAGCCUCCUUGACCGGUGUAUUAUGACUACAGUUUUCUUAAUUAUCUUUUCUUUUUCCCUGCCCUAUGUAGGUUUAUUCUCCAAUUUCAUCUGGUAGUUCUAAGGUUGAAGACCGUACUAUUUAUGUUCUUGGCUGCCCAAGACCAAAGUGUGCGAGCAGCUGUGAUGGGUAUGUUGUCUUUUUUUCAAUUAAUGGUGUCUGCUCCCGUGUUUUCUAUCAGAUGAACUAAGAAGGUUUCUAAACCUGAUGUAGGACAUUUUUUCUCCUCAGUCAUGCCUUAUUUCUUGUCCUAUUUACUCGCUUAUUUUUUGGGCUAUUUACUGUUCUAUUAUUGUCCAUUGUUUUGUCAGAAAUAGAAAGAAGAGCACCAUUAAAGGAAUUUUUUGCCCUUUUUUAUCAGCAAGUGUCUGACUAGAAAUGUUUGCAGAUGGAGAACUCUUCGGGUUCAGAAAGCUAGAAGUGAAAGUCAAUCAAGAGCCAGAAUACAGGAUGGGAAGUUGCCAGAUGAACAGUUGACCUCUACUUCUUCAAGUGUCAACGACUGGUGGGCAACUGGUGAUGCAAGUGACGAGGAGAUGGAUCUGAUGAAGUUGAGUCAAGCAAUAUCAGAAGCUUCUUCUCUCGUUCAUUGCACCAAGAAGCAGAAUGAACCAAUAUUUUCAGAGGUUGUCCCAAAAAUGAAGCCCAUAUGCAAUGAUUCCAGCAUUCAUGGUAAAACUCCAAUCUUCGUUUUCUUUUUACCUUCUGUUUUCCUGCCAUGGAUUACAGAUACUGGAAUAUCUUUCAACGAAUCAGAUGCCGAGAUGAUCAUUUUUUGUCCCAAAAUAUAUGAAAAAAUGCACCAUAUAGGCGUACUUUUUGUUUAUCUUGCAGUGCUUCCAUGCUUUUAUCUCUACGAGGAGGAAGAGAAGUUCUCAGAUAGGAUCAACAACAUACAUCAGCAGUGCUCCUCUCUUUCCAUCAAAGAUAGCCCAAGCCUUCCUGCUGAUUUCCCUGAUGAAGAGAGGUGGGAAGCAGAGAGUUAUGAGUAUGACAGAGCGCUAGGAGCUGACAGGACUUACCUCAAAUUCAAGAAAAGAUUAGAGGCGCAUCCAGAGCAAUGCAUCAGGUAUGAUGGAGCCUGGGAUUUUAUAUACCACCAGGCAAUCUCUGAACAUGCAUUUCCAUCAUAGUUUGGGAUCUAUUCCGAAUUAUAGACGAACUAAGGUUCCAUUUAUCUUUAAAUUACUUUUUCUGUUUAUUUUUUCUUGAUCCUGAAUCUGUAUGCUAUUUAAUUAUCUAUUUUCUUGGAGAUUGAUUAAACCAAUGUCUUCAGAGUUGACUUCGAUGUAUAUGUUCUCCCUUCGUCAAGAUUUUAUAAAAGCUAAGAUCCUAUGUUUUUAUAUUUAUUUAUCUGUUUUCUUUGUCCGGCUUAAUCUGGAAAAAUCUGACUAUAGAACAUGACCCACGCGCUUGGUCUUCUCUCUUACUAUUUAGGUACUCUCUGGGGGGUAGGCCGCUCGUGGCCGCAAAAGGCCUGGAAGAGCCCAGCAGCUGUGAGAUCUGUGGGGCACAGAGGCACUAUGAGAUGCAGUUGAUGCCUCCAUUGCUGUUUUUUCUACAGCAAGCUGCUGACGGUCGAUCCCCCUGCUCCCUGGGGGAUUGGAGCUGGAUGACGGUCAUCAUUUACACAUGCUCCAAGGUAUCUUGAUUCAACAUCCUGGAUAUUUCCAUUUUAAAAUUUUAAAUUAUUUAUUUAUUUAAUUAUUUGACCGUGUCAGCUAUCAAAGAAAUCCUCUUAUUCUGUUCUCACCCAUGAUUUUAUGAUAUGAAUUGCAUCCCACAAGGAAAAGUCUAAACUGGGGAUGUUUAAUCUUGAUUAUGAAUAAAUGUAAUAUCAUCAACAGCGCUGGAGAUCUAGAUUUUGGAAAACUGGACCACAAUCCAUUCUCUAGAGUUCAUCCUGGAAUAUAAUCUGGAAAAUAUUAAAAAAAUCACAAUUUCUAAAAUUCCACGUUAGAGAUAUCGGAUUAAUGAGGAAUGUUAAAUUGAAAAUAAAAUAAAAUAGUGUAAUGAUCGAUCCCCCCUCGUCUUAAAAUUAUUAAUAAAUAUUGAAAGCUUAUAAUCUUACAUCGUACCAGAAAAAAUGAACCUCAAUUGAUCUUGCAGGGGAUAUUUUUUUUAAAAAAAAAGAUUUUUGUAUAAAAUGAAUUAUCUUGCCUUUAGCGUUCUGAUAAUUCAUUCCUGAGAUGGCGAAUUAUUUUUCUGCCUUCCACAGAACUGCUUCCGACGAUCGUCCAAAGAUAAGACCGGGGGGGACUGCUGGGCGGUGGCUGAGGAAUCCACCGUCGUCCAGUGGGAAUGA